UAUUUUACUCUCGCACUUCUCGCUGAUGGCGACUGUUUUGGUGAGUUGUAAAGAAAGUUUAUUAGAAGUACAGUAGACAAAGCGUUUUAAUUCAAUGAAAUUAAGAUAUAAAUAACAGAAUCUUACAGACACAAAGGAAAAAGGCGAAUUUGACAUUGCCUCCUUCAGUUUCGAAUGACAUGUCAGAUCGCAUACAAAUGUCAUUGUUGGCGUUUAGUUUUUUUACCAGCUUGAGCAAGAGACGAAUGUAUAGGUUCUUUCAUUCUUUCAUUUCAUUGUAUACAAAUAUUGACAUUUGCUCCUCGUGACAUGUUUUACUAUUUUCUGCAUAUUGCAGCACAAGGUCCAAUACUUGUCGUCGAUUUUUAAACUGUGUUUUCUGUCGAGCUCGACACUUCUGUAUUUUGACAAAGCCUUCGCCAAACUAGGUUGCGUUUGCCAAAUCAAUGGGAACGUAUAUUACUAUGUAAGUAUUUCGUUGUAAACCAAAUCACUCGGCAGUAAUAACGUUUGCUGUCAAUGCAGCCGGGUAUAACUAUUUGUGAGAUAUUUUAGUGAUUUUAAACUUAAGCGAGUGAGUUAUCGUCCUUUCACGGUAUUGAAUGAAUGAGCUCACAUGCGCAUGCGCGAUGUCCUGAACAUUUAUAAACAAGGCCUGCAUCACAUGACGCUGUUGCGAAAUCGAGAGGAAAAAGUUAUCUCUCUAAUUUUACUCAUUAUGAUGGUACGUUGUUUAUACAAUUAUAUUAGUUUUUUUUUUUUUUUUUUAACAAAUGGCAUAGGCGUAAUUUGUUCUGCAUAAGAACAAUCCCCCCAGGCCCCCACCCCUCCUUUCCUCAUCUCACCCCUUCUUUUCCCACUUCAACCCUCCUUUCCAAUGUUGUACACCAGGGUACACUGUCCCGCGAAAGUCUCGUAAAAUCAUCCUGUUGUCCCGCAUUUGGGUAUUUUAAAUGUGCUCACCCUAGUAAUACAUAACAAUUGUAUUGUGUUCACAUUCAAUAACUUUGUUAAUAAAACGUUAAUGGAUUAAUGGAUGGUGUGUGUGUGUGUUUGUGUCCAGUCAGAUGACCUAAAGAAGCAUUAUAACAUGGUGUGGGAAGUUAAGUCCUCUGAGCAGCAGCAGUAGUAUGUUGGAUAUCACAGGGCCAGGGCCAGAGGCAGAUAGAGACCAGGGCUUGGACCUGCUCCAGUGUGAAGAACACCUGCCCUCCUUCCCCCGGAUGCCCCACCAGUGACAGCCACAUGGAAUACGGUAAUAAUAAGCCAAUGUCAUGUUUAUGAUGUGAUUAUAGAUGUGUAAUGUAGGCUAUACUUUAUACAGGUAAAUAUUAUGGUAAAUCAUUAUGAUACUUUUAAAUUAUAAAGCACCUUUUAUACAUCAUUUUGCAGCCAAAGCAGAGUGAUACAAAUACAUAAUUCAUGAUUUACUGUGAAACAUCAUGCUUUUAGAUCUCUGUUCAUUCUAGCUAUUCUAUUUAUAUAUUUAACCCCUUAAAGGAACUCUGAUCAUUCUAGUUAUUAUAUUUCUAUAAUCUCCCCUUAGAUGACCUUCCGGAGCUGCAGGAGGUGGAGGAGGACCAGACAACCCCCGUCAUGUUUCAGGUGGGGGUGGGGGUGUCCCAUCAGGAACGUGAUGGAUACACAAACACUCACACGGCCGGGCCCCCGGACACACACUGGCUCACACAGCUAGCUCACAUCGCCACGGGCCCCCAGAGUCCUCUGCUACAGGGCUCCACUCAGGUCGUCAGGUAGGGCUGUUACUGUACCGCACACACACACACACACACACACACACACACACACACACACACACACACACACACACAACACACACACACACACACCUGCUCCCCUUUUAAUACUUUAUAGCUGUUCAUUUCUAACUACCACAGGUCAACUCCUGUCCACGUCUUUGGCACCAGUAGUAACCUCCAUUCCUACGCCCGGCCUCCCCACACCCAGCCUCCCCUCAUUUCCAGCAGCCUGCCUUCUAGAGGCCAACACAGGGAGCGCAGCAGGCUAGUCAGGGUAAGAUCUGUUAUGCUACACUACAUGGACCAGUGCAGCAAACACAGCACUGCUUUUACUAAGAAUAUCAAGUCAAUUUCAAGUCGAUCAUCUUUCCCCAUGUAUUAGGAAAUAUGGAGUUGUUUGAGAAUACAAGUGGAAGUUAGCUAGCUAACUAAUUGAUCCUACUUUGGUGAUAAUGCCCUCUGGUCUCUCUCCUCUCUACAGGUCAGUAGUGAGUGUGAGUCUGCUGUGUCCUGUCAUUCCUCUGUGUCUGAUGACGAGGACAUGGGCUGGAGCCACUCCUGGCCCCCUACUGCCUGGCACUGCUUCCUCAAAGGUACAUAUAUAUACAUAAUAAUAUAGGUACGCCACCCAUUUCACAAAAAUGGAUCGCUCCUACAGUGAAUCACGUAGCCGUGGCUUGCUCUAUAAAGCAGGCAGACAGGCAUCGAGGCAUUCAGUUACUGUUCAAUGGAAUGUUAGAAUGGGCAAAAUGAGUGUGGCAUGAUCGUCGGUGCCAGGUGUGCCGGAUCCAGUAUCUCAGAAACGGCUGCCCUCCUGGGCUUUUCACGCACAACAGUGUCUAGGGUUUACAGAGAAUGGUGCGACAAACACAAAACAUCCAGUCAGCGGCAGCCCUGAUGGCGAAAACAGCUCAUUGAUGAGAGAGGUCGAAGGAGAAUGGCAAGAAUCGUGCAAGCUAACAGGCGGGCCACAAACAGACAAAUAAUAGCGCAGUACAACAGUGGUGUGCAGAACCUGUAUCUCGGAACACACAACUCGUCGAUCCUUGUCACAGAUGGGCUAUUGCAGCAGACGACCACACCAGGUUCCACUCCUAUCAGAUAAAAACAAGAGGAAGUGGCUCCAGUGGGCACGUGAUCACACUGGACAAUUGAGGAGUGGCACGACGACUCCCAGUUCCUGUUGCGUCAUGCUGAUGGCAGAGUCAUGAUUUGGCGUAAGCAGCAUGAGUCCAUGGACCCAUCCUACCUGGUGUCAACAGUACAGGCUGGGUUGUGUAUUGGUGUGGGGAAUGUUUUCGUGGUACACGUUAGGUCCCUUGAUACCAAUUGAGCAAUGAACGUUUCCGACACCUUGUAGAACCCAUGCCCCGAAGAAUUCAGGCUGUUCUGGAGGCAAAGGGGGGGUCCGACCCGGUACUGGUUGGGUGUACCUAAUAAACUGGCCACUGAGUGUAUACGUUUAUGUGAUCAUUUCUGGGACCCGAAUGCCUGACCUUGUUGUGUAAUGAUCAUUAAUCUAUUAUCUAUAUAUUUCUUCCUGUGUCCUCAGGCACUCGUCUGCAGUUCCAUAAGGGUUCUAGUGUGGAGUGGCAGGAUGCUGAGGAACUGGUGUCAGACGAACACUCAGACGAUGAGUCAGAGGCUAUAUCCCACCCCCUGAAGGUACAUACUCGUUUAGAGGCAAUACCACAUCCUCCUAGCUCAGUGGACUAAUGCAUUCCUGAGUAACACAGAUUAACUGAAAUUCUUUAAUAUGUUGCCCUAUCAUCUCCUAUCUCCCUGUGAGCCCCUUGUGAGUACAGUUCCCCAUCACUAACCCUGUUGUGUCUUGUCCUCAGGGCUAUGGUCGUGAGGGCCUGAGGCUGGUGACCCACACAGAGAGCCGGGCGUUCGGCCAGUCCGUCUUCAAGCUGACCUUUGACCCAGGUGCCUGUGGGGAGUGGCUUCUGUCCGCUGAGUGUAAGCUGGACCACCCGUUCUACGUCAGAAACAAAGGUAGGAGGCCUGGGUGUGUGUAAUGUGUGUGUAAUGUGUGUGAUGUGUGUGUAACAUAUGCAUAAGGUGUGUGUGUGUAACGUGUGUUUUUAUAACGUGUGUGUGUUCCUGUGGCAGGCUGGUCAUCGUUCUACCCCAGUCUGACCGUGGUGCAGUAUGGGAUCCCGUGCUAUGAGUUGAUGGUGGGAGACGUGUGUCUGCCUCCUGGACACAGAGAUGCCGUCCACACUGACGACUCCCUGGUGUUUGACACAUUCAGGAGGUAAAACCCCUGAGCAUUAGUUCAAUAUCGAUAGUAGUGUCCAUUCUGUAGUUUACAACGCAUGUGUGACACACUGGAUUUGAACCGUGGCUCAAGACUGUGUUAGCCCCCUGAGCUAAAUAAUAAUAUGCCAUUUAGCAGACGCUUUUAUCCAAAGUGACUUACAGUCAUGUGCGCAUACAUUCUUACGUAUGGGUUGUCCCGGGGAUCGAACCCACUACCCUGGCGUUACAAGCGCCAUGCGCUACCAAUUGAGCUACAGAGCUAAAGCCUCUCAGGUCUCAGUGUGUGACUCUUCUUUGUGUUCCUGUGUUUUUCACAUCAGUUAUGACUUCACUCCCCUGGACUCGUCGGCGGUGUACGUUCUGAGCAGUAUGGCCCGGCAGCGUAGGACCUCCCAGUCCUGCGGGGGCGCCGUCAGCCCCGACCAAGACACACACCGCAACAAGCCAAAUAAGAGCCAGCUGGACUUGGGAACAGCCGGCGGGGCUUCGCCCACGAAAUGCAAGCGGCCAAUGAAUGCAUUCAUGCUAUUCGCAAAGAAGUUCAGGUUGGAGUACACCCAGAUGUACCCUGGGAAGGACAACAGGUGUGUGUGUGUGUGUGCGCGUUUGUGUGUACAAACAAAUCCUAAAAUUCACUGGACUACUCAAUCAAGUAAAUAUAACACAUUAUUGUGUGUGUGUGUGUGUGUGUGUGUGUGUGCUACCCUCAGAGCGAUCAGUGUGAUCCUGGGAGAGAAGUGGAAGAAGAUGCGAGGAGAGGAGAGGAGGAUGUACACCAUGGAGGCCAAGGCUCUGGCUGACGAGCAGAAGAGACUCAACCCUGACUGCUGGAAACGCAAGAGAACCAACUCAGUGAGGAGAGGACACACACACAUAUCCUAUGAAGCCUCUUGCAUGGUGUUAAUUUCAAUAUUAGCCCCUAACCUUAACCUUUCCUCUCUCUUUAUCUUGUUCUCCCUUACAGGGUUCCCAGGGGAACUAA